AUGAAGUGCUUCACAUUAGCUGCUGCAGGAAUUUUAUUCACUUUCCUUAUUACUGUAAAUAAAGCUAGUUCGAAUUCAGAAAUAGAUGAACUUAUUAAAAAGUCAAUGGAAGAAACUUUUAAGGCAUGCAAAGAUAAAUUAACACCAGAAAAUUUUGCGCUUCUUAACAAGGAUCCACAUGCUGAUAAUCAAGAAAUUAAAUGUUUUAAAGCAUGCGGUAUGAAUCAUGCAGGUGUUAUGACAGACGGUAAAUUACAAAUUGAUAAAAUGGAAGAAAAGUUAAAUUCUAUGUUGGAAGGAGGUAAAAAAGACUUUGCAAAAGUCUUGAUUGAAGGUGCAAAACCAUGCGUCGAAGAAGCUAAUAAGGGUGAGAAUGAAUGUGAAGUAGCGGCCGCUUUCGAGACAUGCGCACAAAAAGCUAUAAACACUAAAUCUGGUAAUUAA